AUGACUGGCUCCAGUGGACUUCAGAGGAGGAACACAGCCUGAGGAUACAGUACAGGAGCUUCAGCCCUGCCUCUCUGUCUGCUGGGACAGACAAAUUCAUUGAGGUUUUACAAAUCAGCACCUCCUUACCUUUGUGAGGUUUCAUUUUUUUCUCCCCUGUCAUCAGAUCAUAAGAAGUGGAUCUAAGCUGGGAACACAGACAGAAGGACUGACAUAUGGACAGAGAGCAGUGGGCACUGCGGCGUGAAUGUAGCAACUGGACUUCUCCUCUCCCUGGUUACUAAGACCAAACAAGGAUAAUAGUCAGAUCUCUAUCCUGUCCACUGAGGUGGUGGGUGGAUGCAGCAUUCAGCAGAAUGCUAUAAGGGAAAGCAGAGACUGUAUAGAAGCUGCAGAGAUACAUCACCAGGGAAAAAGGAUAUUUACCUUCAGGCAGACUUGCAGGAACUUGCACGGCAAAGACUUUCUUCCUUUCACGGACUUUGCUGACCUUAAGUGGACUUCUGUUUAAAUGAAAGUGGAGUGUUUGCCCCAACUAUGAUGGCAGAGUGCAUAGGGACUGUGCAUCUGACACUGAUGCUGCUGUAUCUUGUUUUGCUGGGUACGGCUCACACAGCCCACAGCAUCUACCCAAGGAUACGGCUCUCCCACAAAGAUCUUUGGCAGCUGAACAGGACCUGGGUGUUCCAGGGACAUGGAGCAGCUCUUCAGCCUCAGACCAUGCUGCUUGACGAGGGCCACGAGAGGCUUUAUGUCGGGGCCAAGAAUUCUCUGUUCUCCCUUAGCCUGGACCGGGUUAACACACACCAGAGAGAGAUCCAGUGGUCCAGUACAGAAUAUCAGAUCGAGGAAUGUUUGAUGAAGGGCAGGGAAAAGCCAGAGUGUGCAAACUACAUCAAGGUCUUGCAACAGUACAACCAGACACACUUGCUGGUAUGUGGAACAGGAGCCUUCAAUCCAGUCUGUGGCCUGGUAACAGUGGGGAACACGGGGCAGGACAGGCAGUUUGCUCUGGAUAAAGACGGUAUCAUGAGUGGUAGAGGACGCUGUCCAUACGAUCCCAACAGCCCCUGCACAUCAACGGUCUCUAGAGGAGAGCUGUAUAUUGGAUUGUACACGGACUACUGGGAAAAUGAUGGCGCUCUGUGUCGACUUAACAACCAGACAUACACACGCACUGAAAGAGAUGACCGACAGCAACUCAAUGAACCAAAAUUUGUGGGCUCAGCGGUUAUUCCUGACAACGAUGACAGAGAUGAUGACAAAGUUUACUUCUUCUUUACUGAGCGUGAGAUGGAUGCUGAAGGAGUGAAUAAGGCUGUGUAUUCACGUGUUGGCCGAGUCUGUGCGAACGACCAGGGAGGACAGAGGAUGCUAGUGAAUAGAUGGAGCUCCUUCCUUAAAACUCGUCUCAUCUGCUCUGUGGCUGGACAGAACGGCAUUGAUACACACUUUGAUGAGCUUGAGGACGUAUUUGUGCUCAAUAACAAGGAUGGGAAAAACCCAGAAAUCUUUGGUCUCUUCAGCACAACAAGUGCGGUGUUUAAAGGUUAUGCAGUGUGUGUCUAUCACAUGGAUGAUAUCAGAGCAGCCUUUAAUGGACAGUUCGCCUACCGAGAGCGGCCCGAGCACCACUGGACUCCAUACGAGGACCGAGUCCCCUACCCUCGACCUGGAUCUUGUGCCAGUAAAGUGAACGGAGGGGGCUUCUCCAGUUCCAAGGAGUUUCCUGAUGAGGUUUUGCGGUUUGUCCGUUCUCAUCCUGUGAUGUAUCGUCCAGUCCUCCCUCAGCACCGCAGACCUGUUCUGCUGCAGACAGAGCCAGGCCGGAGAAAGCUGACCCAGAUUGCUGUGGAUAGAGUGCAAGCUCAGGACGGACAUUACCAUGUUCUCUUCAUCGGCACUGACGAUUCCACCGUGCUGAAAAUUAUCACCAUCUACAACAAAGACACAGACACUAUGGAGGAGGUGCUGCUGGAAGAGCUGCAAGUAUUCAAGGUACCUGUGCCAAUUAAAGAGAUCAUAAUAUCACCUAAAAGGCAACAGCUGUAUGUGGGCUCAGAAGUGGGCGUGGCCCAGAUCAGACUGCACCAGUGUGACCUCUAUGGCUCUGAAUGUGCUGACUGCUGUCUAGCCCGAGAUCCUUACUGUGCCUGGGAUGGCCUCACCUGCUCCAGAUACUACCCUGCUGGGGUCUACACAAAGAGUAGACGAUUCAGGCGGCAGGAUGUUCGCCAUGGCAACGCCGUCCAGCUGUGCAAUGGGCUGCAAAUUGAUGAUGAACAAUGGCACAGAGCUGAGGAGAGGUUUGUUUACGGUGUGGAGAGCAACAGCACUUUACUUGAAUGUGUCCCCCGAUCACUUCAGGCCAAGGUCCUGUGGUUCUUACAGAGAGGUGGAGAAAAACAUGAGGUUCGAGGUGAUGAGCGGGUAAUCGUGACUUCCCACGGGCUGCUGUUUCUGCGAGUGAGGAGCUCUGAUGCUGGUGUGUACGUGUGCCAGACUGUAGAGCACGGAUAUGUGCACACAUUACUACGAGUCACGCUGCACGUGCUCAGGGGGGAGAGGGUGGAGUCAGCGAUCCACAAAGCAGCAAAUGAAGGAGAGGGAGAGAAAGCUGCAGCUCCAUGCCACUACUCUCUGGGUCCUCCACCUGGCCCUAGCAUCAGUCCCAGGGCUCUGGUCCCCUCUUCAGUCCCCGGCCCACACUCCAGGCUCUGGUACAAGGAGUUCCUCCAGCUAAUUGGCUACGGGGAUGCCCAGAGAGUGGAGGCAUACUGUGAGAGAGUGUGGUGCUCGGAUAAAAAACGUAAAAAGGCCAAGAAGAAGUAUGCUCCUCCCGCUGGUGAGAAAAGAGGAAAAGGGAGGGGGGAGGAGAACUCCCACCGAGCGCCCAGGCACACCUUGGACACCUGAGGAGCACACGCUUAACGCACGUACACGCACACAUACACACAGUCUAAAGGUCAGAUUCACUCAGUGUUUGCACCAUGUAAAAGGGUUUCACUUUGCUUUCAUCAAGCACAGUAACAGUAGAAGAACAGUAGCAGGCUGCUUUGGUGUAUUAGUUACAUUUGUCACUCCAUAUUUAGUAUCUUUCAAAGCAAUGUUUUGUUUUCAGUGUGGUGUAAACCGAUUAUGUGGUGCAGACACUGGGUAAGCACUUUAAAAAGUCAGUGUCAGCGUAGAACAGAGGCCUGGCAAGAGAUGGACGACUGAUUAAGCCACAUCACCUCUGAUCUAAAGAGACAGAAUACAACAAAUCAACUCCUGUGGAAUGACCCAGCCUGACUCUGCUGUCAUUCAAAACGCACACACAGACUGCUCCACUACACCUCUGCUCCUACUCUCAUUCCUUGCCUCAAUAUGACAAACUAGCAUAUAUGAUAUAUAUCUAUUAUGAGAGAGAACAGCUAAGCUCUUUUGGUACUAUGCUAACUUAUUUCUUCGGUCUUUACUUUGAGGUCUGUAGCUGUUUAGAUGUUGUAAACUGGAAAAUGUAGUGCUGUUGUUUAUUGUACGGUAAAAAAAUGCAUUAUGAUACAGAAAACUUGUUUAUAAUGUGCACAUGUAGGGUUUGCAUUAGCCACAAUACAUUAAGAAAGAUGCUGCAAUGCCACUGUAAAAGAUACAUGAGGCAUGUUUCCAGUGUGCAGGUGCAUCUAAAAAAUUGGAAUAUCAUGAAAAAGUUCAUUUGUUAAAGUUAAACUUCCCCACAUUCUUGACUUUUUGUUUUGAUCUUGAUGAUUACAGCUCAUGAGAACCAAAAAUCUUCCAUCUCAGUAUAUUAGAUUAUCACAAAACUCCAAUCAAAAGAAGGAUUUAUUGUACAGAAAUGUUGACCUUCUGGAAAAUUAUGUUCAUUUAUGCACUCAGUACUUGGUCAGGGCUCCUUUUCCUUUUGAAUUUUUGCCCCUAUUUGACGUGUCUUGGAGGCAAUCAGUCUGUGGCACUGCUGGGGUUGCUCUGAUAGCAGCCUUCAGCUCAUUUGUAUCAUUUAGUCUCUCAGCUUCCUCUUGACAUUUUCUCAGAGAUUCUCUAUGGGGUUCAGGUCAGACCAGUUGGCUGGCCUAUCAAGCACAGCCUAUAAAAACCAUGGUCACCAAACCAGUUUCUAGUAGUCUUGGCUUCACUGUGGGCAGGUGCCAAGUCCUGCUUGAAAAGGAAAUUAGUAUCUCUUUAAAAUUUCUCAGGAGAUGGAAGCAUGAAGUGCUCUAAAAUCUCCUGGUAGAUGGGCUGACAGCGCUGACUCUGGUCUUGAUCAAGCACAGUGGAGCAACCACAGCUGAUGACAUGGCAACCCAAACCAUCACUGACUGUGGAAACUGAAACCCCGGGCUUUAAGCACUGAAAAAUUCUGUGCCUCUCUGAUCAUCCUCUAGAAUAGGGUGACCAGAUCCUAACUCACCAGACGUGGGACAAAGAUUAGAUUUGUGUGGGACAAUGUGGGAUACCAAUGCAUCAAGGUAGUCUAAAAUAACUUUAAAAAUAAACAUUUCUAUUCUGCCCCUUUUUUUACCUGAAUGAAUGGGAGUAUUUCACAUUGUGGUAAUUGCUAGUUAGUUUAGCUGCUGCUGCUACUCAGACAAAUUUCACAUAAAACUCUCUCUGGAUCACCUUGCACUGGUCUCACCUACAGAUAAAUAGUUUCCCUAUUCUUAUUAUGACUGCAUUUCCUUUUCUUUGCUGUCGUGUUUUCCUCCCUUUCCUUCAUGUUUCUUCAUGCUGUCCGUCGUUGGUGGUGGGCGCGCCCUUAACCUGCCGUGUCCCAGUUUGAUUGACGUGAUCACACAGCCCACCCCGCCCCCUGAUGACAGGCGGCCCUUGCUGCUUUUUCCACACAGACGUUUGAUGAAUGCCAGAUUUUAAAACUCUCACUUGCAAACUGGAGCCUGUCAAUCACAAUGCAAGACAGCGUCUCAAAUUGUGGGACGUGUGAAAAGUAAUGAAAAUGCGGGACUAUCCCACACAAAACAGGACAUCAAUGGUUGGCUUGACGCUAGGAACACCACAAUUGUAGUCCAUUUCCUAGACCCGUCUGUGUGUGGUAACCGUUGAUCCAUUGACUCCAGUCUCAGUCCACUCCUUGUAAAGCUCUCUUAAGUCCUUGAACCUGCUUUGUUUGACGACCCUCUGAAGGCUGAGCUCAUCCCUGCUGCUUGAGCACCUUUUCUUACCACACUUCCCUUCCCUUCAACUUUCCAUGAAUAUGCUUCGAUACAGCAGAGAAGAUCCUGCCCUUUCAGAAGUUACCUUCUGUGGCUUACCCUCCUUAUGAAGGGUGUCAUGAUUGAUGUUUCUUAUUUUUGUGAGCUGUAAGCCCUGCAAUCAUCAAGAUUAAAACAGAACAAGUCUUCAUAUAUUUCCCUUUGUAUGGUGAAAAUUUAGAUCAUAUGGAAAUUUAACUUUUUGAAGAAAACCACAGGAAAAAAACAGAACUUUUACAUAAGUUGGCACCUGUAACUGUGCCCUCUAAGGAAAUAAAUACUACUUAAGCACUUGUAAACCAGUUAGAGUAGAUAAACAGUGGUCCUUUAAGUGGUUAUUGUCAUUGUAAGUGUCUACAUUUACAGCUACAAUUGUGAUCAAAUGUACUCGCAGUGUUGUGUGUAUUAUAUGGAUUAUUUAUCAAAAAAAUAAGGGUGGCUAUUGGUUGCCCCCAUUUUCUCCUCUCUGUCUCCCUUCAUCUGUGUCCCUUCCCCCUUAAUUUAUCUCCCUUUAGUUCGACUGUAACAGCGCUGCAAAUGGAUAAUCAAGAAUACAAGCAGCACAUUUUCCAAGGAGAAAUAAAUAUUAGGGUGAUCAUGCAGGCAUGCAAUUAGCAGAAAAAACAAUUCAGCUGAAAUGCCAGAAUCAACAAUUAGAAAGAUGUGUUGUUGGGUUGUGAUCACUUCUUUUUCCAUGCUGUGCCUUAUUUUACCACAAAAUCCAGAUGUAUCUUUUCCGUCUUUAUUAAUGUGGUUUUAAAAAAUGAAACAAACAUCAUUUGUUGGUCUCUGUCACUCAUCCCUCUCCUUGAGCAUCCUUCACCUAAGCUAAGACCGAGAGUGUUGUGUCUGCUAUACCCUUUAUAAAUAACAGCCAUUAAAAAGAUGGGCCAUCUUUCGCUGGUGUCACCUCUGUGGUUUAGCAAUCAAUAACAACACACAGUCCAUGGGCACACAGAACCACACACAAUGAGGUAGACCUCGCCAAUGAAGCAGAAUAAAAGAGGUAGAGUUAGUUUUCACUUACAUUACAGCAGAAAUAAACCUGGAUACAUAAUAUUUCCUCUUCCACAGUACUGUUAGUUUAUCUCACCUGACAAAUAAACAUAAUAUUAGAGUUGUUUAUGCUCUGGUGCAGCUGAAAGCACCAUAUGCAA